AUGUCCCCUCCUGUGUGGGGGCUGCUGGGCUAUUGCUUCCUCUGUGGCUGGGCGUUGGGGGCCCCGCGGCCCCUCCGCUCUCUGCCCUCUCUGUCCUCCCAGGUCAAGUCGGAACCUGAUCCCUCGUGGGUGCCCCCCGAGGGAGCUGAGGCAGCCCUGGCUUUUCUCUACUCUGGGGAUGCCCAGCGGCUGUCGGGGGCUAAUUGCAGUGAGCAUUAUGAAGCCCAGGGGGCAGGAGCCAGACCAGAGCUCCCCCCAACCCUUCAGAGGGCAGCAGGCACCCUUGCCCAGGCUGCCAACUUCCUCAACAUGCUUCUGCAAGCCAACGACAUCCGCGAGUCCAGUGUGGAGGAGGACGUGGAAUGGUACCAGGCCCUUGUCCGCAGUGUAGCUGAGGGGGACCCAAGGGCAUACCGGGCCUUGCUGACCUUUAACCCCCCACCAGGGGCCAGUCACCUGCAGCUGGCCCUGCAGGCCACCCGGAUGGGAGAGGAGACCAUCCUGCAGGAAUUGUCUGGGGACAGGGUGCAAGAGGAUAGCCUGUCUGGGGACCUAGAUAUCUCUGCCCUGCAGAAGCGGGUGCUGACCAAUGACCUAGGGAGCCUCGACAGCCCCAAGUGGCUACGGGGAGAUGGAUAUCUGGGGGACAUGCAGCACGUGAGGCUGUCUCUUCCCUUCCUGGAAUGCCAGGAGGGCCGGCUCCGUCCUGGCUGGCUUAUCACACUCUCGGCCACCUUCUAUGGACUCAAACCAGACCUCAGCCCAGAGGUCAGGGGGCAGGUGCAGAUGGACGUGGCUCUUCAGAAUGUGGACAUCAAUCAGUGUGCCAGUGGCCCAGGCUGGUUCUCUAACACACACCUGUGUGAUCUCAACAGUACCCAGUGUGUUCCCCUGGAGAGUCAGGGCUUUGUUCUUGGCCGCUACCUCUGCCGCUGCCGGCCUGGCUUCUACGGGGCAAGCCGCUCUGGGGGGUUAGAGGAGAGGGCCACCCAGCUUACCGGGCAAUUGAGGUCCCCGCAAGGGAGGCUGCUGAGGUGCCAGCCAUGUCCCGAAGGCUGCACCACAUGCACGGAUGCCACACCGUGCCUGGUGGAGGAGGCCCCUGUGCUGCGGGCGGCAGUGCUGACCUGCCAGGCCUGCUGCAUGUUGGUGGUCUUCCUGAGCAUGCUGGUCUCCUACCGCUGCCGCCAGAGCAAGAGGAUCCGCGCGUCUGGAGUUGUCCUUCUGGAAAUCAUCCUUUUUGGAUCCCUGCUGCUCUACUUCCCUGUCUUCAUCCUGUACUUCAAGCCCAGUGUAUUCCACUGCAUCGCUCUCCGCUGGUUCCGCCUGCUGGGUUUUGCCAUUGUCUAUGGCACCAUUAUACUCAAGCUUUAUAGAGUGCUCCAGCUGUUUCUGUCUCGAACGGUCCAGAGGGGACCCCACUUGAGCAGCGGGCGGAUGCUGCAGCGUCUAGUCCUGUUCCUGCUGCUUGUGCUGGGCUUCCUGGUGGUGUGGACGGCAGGGGUCCUGGAGGGAGGCAUUCAGCACACGCCCCUGGUGACCCGAGGCCACACUCCCACUGGCCGCCACUUCUACCUCUGUCACCAUGACCGCUGGGACUACAUCAUGGUUGUGGCUGAGUUGCUCCUCCUGUGUUGGGGCAGCUUCCUGUGCUACGCCACCCGGGCUGUACCCUCGGCCUUCCAUGAGCCACGCUACAUGGGCAUUGCCCUGCACAAUGAGCUGCUGCUCUCUGCCACCUUCCACACUGCCAGGUUUGCCCUGGCUCCCUCCCUGCACCCGGACUGGACCCUCCUCCUCUUCUUCUUGCACACGCACAGCACAGUCACUGCCACGCUGGCUCUGAUCUUCAUCCCAAAGUUCCGGAAGCCUGGAGCCCCUCCCCGGGAGGAGAUGGUGGAUGAAGUGUACGAGGAAGAACUGGACCUGCAGCACUCGGGCUCCUACCUCAACAGCAGCAUCGCCUCAGCUUGGAGUGAGCGCAGCCUGGACUCCAGAGACAUUCGGGAUGAGCUGAAGAAGCUCUACGCCCAGCUGGAGGUGCACAAGACCAAGGAAAUGACUGUCAACAACCCGCACCUGACCAAGAAGCGGGGCAGCCCACACCAGGGGCUGGGCCGCUCCUUCAUGAAGUACCUGGCCGAGUUCCCUGAGGCCCUGGCCCGGCAGCACUCCCGGGACUCAGGCUCCCUGGGCCGCAGCAGCCUGCCCGGCUCCUCCUGCCGCCGGCUCCUCAGCUCCAGCCUCCAGGAAGCCGAGGGGCCGCCGGCCCUGCGCAAAUCCCACAGCACCUACGACCACCGCAGGGAACAGGACCCACCUCUCCUGGACUCUCUGCUGAGGAGGAAGCUGGCCAAGAAGGCCUCACGAGCCCAGAGCCGGGAGUCGGAGGAGGGGCCCCCAGCCCUGGGCUUCAAGUCAGCCAGUGCCCACAACCUGACGGUGGGAGAGCGGCUCCCCAGGGCAUGGCCCAUCUCCCUGCAGAAGUCACUCAGUGUCGCGGCUGGCUCCCGGGAAAAGGCCCUGCUCGUGGCCAGCCAGGCCUACCUGGAGGAGACCUAUCAGCAGGCGAGGGAGAGAGAGGAGCAAAGGAAGGCAGGGGAGGCCUUGGUGAGCCCGGGGCGGAGGCCAUCGGCCAGAAGGCUGGAGCCAGCUGGGGGGGCCCCCCUGUCAGCCCCACCUUCCCCUGCCAAGAGCAGCAGCGUGGACAGCUCCCACACCUCUGGGAAGCUUCACAAGGAGGGUGGGCAAAGGCUGCCUCACCCACCUGUCAGGCACCAGGUCUCCACGCCCAUCUUGGCCCCAUCUGGGCCCUGUCUGAGAGAGCCAAGGAUGCUAUCUCCCACCGCCACUGUGGCUCCAGCUCUGAAGCCAGCUCCAGCCCCAGCCUCAGCCCCUGCCCUAGCAGCAGCCGCAGUAUCCCCCCAAAGCUCCAGCUUACUCACCUACAUUUGCCCCUGGGAGAAUGCAGAGCUGCCAGUCAGGAAAGAAAACGUGGCCCAAGCAAGUUCCUCAGAGCCAGAGAGAGGCAACCACUCUCCUGCCCCAGCUCGGGCCAGGCUCUGGAGGGCCAUCUCUGUUGCAGUAGAGAAAAGGGGGGCUAAGGAGAAUGAGACGGACACAGAGGGUGGGGGUCACCAGGGGGAAGGUGAUGAUGUGGAAGAGGACAGACCCAAGGUCUUCUCUAAAUCUCACAGCCUCAAGGCCCCUGUUCAGCAGGGUUCCAUAUAUAGUCUGGGACUGGCUAUCAAAGCUCUAACUCGUUCUCGGAGCACAUACAGAGAGAAGGAGAGUGGGGAAGAGGGUCCUGAGAAGGGGAAGAAGGGCAGAACUUCAGGAGAGGGGGUGGGGGCAUCCCCCAGCUCUCCCAGGGUAGGUCAGCCCCAAGCGGUGAGUAAGCAGGCUGCCCUUGCCCCCUGCGAUGAUGAGGAGUCCCUCCAGAACCAACAGAAUGCUCACACCAGCAGAAUCCUCCGGGUCUGUCACCAGGAGGGCAGCAAGGAACAAGAAGACAGAAGCAGGAGGACAUCCCAGGGUCUAUGGGAGGGGAAAGCUGAGAGAGCAGGUAAAACAGGAUCUGUCAGACCAAGGCAGGUCAGGCAGGGCACAGUUGGGAACAACAGUGCUGAGCUAACAAAAGAAGCCCCUUUGGGGCAGCGGGAACUGCCCAAAGCUGGCCUCCAGCCCCUGGGCAGCGCUGACUGCAGGGUGGCAGAGGUAUGCCCCUGGGAAGUCACAGAGUCAGAAACGUGUCAGCCUGAUGGUAGCAAUAAGGCCAAAAUCUGCCCCUGGGAGGUGAGUGAAGGAACCCCUGAGAGGAAGGCAUUAAGACAGGAUCGAGAUGUCUCCCAAGAAGAGAGGGGGAAAGUCCCAGAAAAAUCAGACUCCAAAGAAGUGGUUGCUAUUGUUCAGAAAAAGCCAGAGAGGCUGGUCAGGGGACAGGAGGCAGUGUGUCCCUGGGAGAGCACUGAUCCUGGGGGCCUGUCCCCUCUGUCAACCCCUCAGACCUCUGAUGGAACUAAGGGCAGGUCUGAAGCAGUGGGCAGUGUGGAGGCUGGGGAUGUAGCUUUUCAGCCUGAUGUCACCAAGGCAGAGCUCUGUCCCUGGGAGGUAAGUGAAGGGGGAGAGAGUGGGAAACCACCCCAGGAGGUGGUGAAGGGGGUCCCUCAGGAAAAGCAGAAAACCUCUAAGAAAGCAACAUUUUGGAAAGAACAGAAACUGGAUGGAGACUGGGAAUCUCUCUGUCUGUGGGAGAGUACAGAUUUCCGGAGCCCCUCAGCAGUCUCAACUCAGGCCCCAGGAACCCCAGAGUCCUCAGGGAAUUUGAGAAGUAGAGGUGCUGAAGAAUGUCCACGGGAGGCAGGAGAUGCUUCUGCUAUCAGGAAAGCAGAAAUCUGUCCCUGGGAGCUAAAUAAUGAGACAAUAGGGAAAGGAAGGCUAAGUCAGGGGACAGGUAGAGAACCUCUCCAGGAAAAGGGAAAAGCCUCCAAAAAAGGAAGCUUUGGAAAGAUGAGGGAACAAACUGUGAAAGCAGUGCAGAAAUUAAGUCAACAGCAGGAGUCGGUCUGUACCUGGGAGAGCUCAGACCCUGGACACUCAAGCCCAUGUCUAGACAAUUCUUCAUCCAAAACUGGUAACCAAUUCCUAAGCAAUGGAGGCAGCAGAGCAACACAGGUGUGUCCAUGGGAAGAUUUCAAGCCAGAGGUAAAAGAUUCGACACCUGCCAAAGCAGAAAUCUGUCCCUGUGAGGUAAAUGAAAGAACAAAAGAGAACUGGACAUUGGGACAGAAUCCAAAAGGAGAAUUUCAAAAAGACAAGAAAAUGGCUGGAAAAUCAGGAAUCAAAGAAACAGUUGCUAGUGCUUCAGAAAAGCCUGAGGGGCAGAUCCAAAAGCAGGAAGCAGUCUGUCCCCAGGAGAGUGUGGAACCUGGCAGUCUCCCUAUACAGCCAGGCCCUCAAGACACAGAUAAACCCAAAGCCAGUUUCCGGAUGUCAGAAGGUGUCGGAAGCAAAACUGCUGAGAUCUGCCCAUGGGAUGUGGAGGAGACCCUGACUCUUGAGAGGGCAAAGAUCUGUCCCUGGGAGGUGAGUACUGGAGCAGGGGAAGAAAGGGCUAUAGGAGUUGAGACCAUUAGGAAAGGUGCAAACAAUACAGAUAAGGCUUCUGCAGAUACUGGACCCAGCAAGAUACCUGUUUUUGCUCCAAAAAAGCCAGAGAGGCCAGCUCAAGAGCAGGAGGUGGCCUGUCCCUGGGAGAGCUUGGAUCCACAGGGCUCCUUUCAACAUUCAGAUACUCUGGGCACUGACAGACCAAAGGUUGGAUUCCAGGCACUGGACCAUGUGGGAUGCAGGCCAGCUGAGGUGUGUCCCUGGGAAGCAGAGGAAGCUCCUGCCAGUGAAAAGUCCAAAAUCUGUCCCUGGGAGGUGAAUGAAGGAGCUACUGAGAAGGGAUUGGAACAGAAGAUGGAGAGUGACUUGGCAGGAGAGAGGGAGAAAACUCGAGGAAAGGAGAGAGCUACCUCCCUGGGAGAAGACAUAUCAAAAUGGGAGGCAAAACUGAGUCAAGAGCAAGAACCUGUUUGCGCUUGGGAGAACAAGGACUUGAGGGAACCCACUGCUCAAGCCCUGGAGGUCUCAGAUUUAUUCAGCAGCAUGAGUAGCAAAGUGGCAGGGGGGCGUUACUUGGAAGCUAGUGACCAGGCAGCAGAGAAAGGGGAUCUGAGACAAGACCCAGAGAGGGCCUCCCUCCUGGAACACAUGAUAACCAGAGAAAAAGCUACAUCUUCAAAAGCAGAAUUCACUACUGCAAAUGAAAAAAAAAACGGGAAUGAGCUGCAAUCUGUCUGUCCGUGGGAGAGCAUGACCCCUUCCCAUCCUGACAGUCAGUGUACAGACCGAACUGAAGCCCGCUCCCUACUGGUCACUGUUAAGGACAGAGUCGCUGAGGUGUGCCCGUGGGACGCUAUCAGCCCAGAUGCUGAUGAACCUGACAGCAGCGCCAAGGCUGAAAUCUGUCCCUGGGAGACAAGCAAAAGAAACCCUGAGGAAGAGGUGUUAAGACAGGAUGGAAAAGGGAAAUCCCAAGAGGAGAGGGGGAAAGCCCCAGAAAAAUCAGAGCUCAAAGAUAAGGCAGCAAUUCAGAAAAAGCCAGAGAGGGCAGACAUGAAGCAGGAGGCUGUGUGUCCCUGGGAGAGUCAAGACUGGGGGUGUCUGUCACCACAAGCAGGUCCACAAGAUUCUGACAGAAACAAAGGCCGUUCUGAGGCAGCAGACAGAAUGGGGGCCAGGGUGGCAGAAGAGCAUCCAUGGGAAACAGAAGAGGCUCCCUCUGCUAAGAAAGCAGAGAUCUGCUCUUGGGAGGUGGAUAAAGGAGCAGCAGAGAAAAGGGGACUAGAACAGGAGGUGGACAGAGAAUCACAAAGGCAAGGAGAGAUGUUCCUUCAAAAGGCGGGAUCUGGAGGGACUGAAGAACAUCUUUCAAAAGAAAUAGCAAAACACAGCAGAGAGCAAGAGGCAGACUGCCCCCUGGAAGGCACAGGCUCAGGAGAGCUCUUCCCCCAGCCAGAUGCUCUGGACACUGACCAAUUCGAAUUCAGUCCCCAACAAGCAAGCAAUAUAGGAAGCAGGACAACAGAAGUAUGUCGAUGGGAAGUCACAGAUCCAGAAGGAAAUAAAAUAGAGAGCACCAUCACAGAAAUCUGUCCCUGGGAAGAAACUGGAACUCCAGCUGAGGAAUCUGGUCCCUUGGCUUUAACAGCAAUUCAGACAGAAAGCUUCUUCCCCACAGCCUCUGAGAAACCACCAUGUUUUCUAACCCAUAGACCUCUGAGCAGCUUCCUUCCAGAAAGCAAAAGCCCCCGCCCCAAGGUGAGCAGACCAGCCAGUACUUUUACCCUGGAAGGUAUCACAGAACCCCAAGGACCCUCAGGGCUUGGGCCAGGAGCCAGCUUAUUCCCGGAGCUAAGUCCACAAGAAGCUGAGGCUCAUAAGUCUUCCUUUUUAACUGAAGACAAAGGAGAAGCGGCUUCUAAAGCUCAAAAUGAAGAACUAAUCCUUCCAACUGAGUAUCCUUGGGACUGGGAGUAACACCUCCAUCAAAUGAGGUCAAAUACAGAGCUAAUUUUCAGGAGCCAAGAUCUUUCCCAAGUCCUAGGUGUUCCCAAAGGGCUGAAUCAAAGACACUUGGCCACUUCCCUUCCCAAGACGGCCAGAAAUCAACUGAUUCCAAAGACAAAUUAUACAAAGAGGGAGCAGCUUGGACUCCAACAGGAAAUCCAACCCUCUCUUCACCUCCAACUCUUCUUCCUGCCUCAGGGGACAAAGUCUAGACCCCCUGAUUCUAAAGAACCCUCUUACCUGGGUAGACUAUUCACACAAGCCAUCUAAGUCAGGACACUUCGCUUGUAGGGCCAAUAUAAGGGAUGAAAAUGCAAGGAAGUCAGCAGUGCUCAGCCCACAUUUUCUCACAUGGAGUCCACAUUCUUCUCUCAAGUCUACAAAGGGUCAUUUCUUGAGAACCACACAAGGCAUUGGUAAUAUAGGGACCAUGGACCAUAAAAAACUCCUAGUCUGGGAUGUUAUCCCUCUGCAAUGAUGGCUGUGGUUUAGUGGGACAAGACAGAUACAAAAUAAAGAUCACUGUAGGAAUCUUAAAGAGUUACUUAAUUCAAGUUCAAACAAGAAAAAUUGGGGGGAAAAAAACCCUGAAAGUGAUUCAAAAUAGGUGCCUGAAAUGCCUUGAGGACCUUGUCAUUUUAACUUUAGAUUCCCCACUUGCGCUUUAUUGAUUCUUAAAUCUGACCUGUUAGCCUGCUGAAGGAGAGACACUCUUACCUCCAUAACACCACCUGGGAUCCAAAGCAAAACCAGAGACAGAGAACCUAGAAGGAAAAGCCAUUUCUCCAGGUCCUUGUCACACCGGUCAAGGUAGAGUUCUCCCUUCCAGACAUCCUCUCUCCUGGUCUGAGGGGCAUGCCUCUUGGGAGCUUUUUUGGAUUUCUCCUCUUACGGCCCCAUCUCUUGCAGUCUCUAGGGCUCAACUCACUGGCUCCUUCUUCUCCUUCCAGCCUUUCAGUCUGUCAUCAAAGGGACCCUCUCUGUUGCCAAUGCAUCCAGAGCCAAGGAGGAUCUCUGAUUCUGAUGUGAGAACCAUUCCAAAUCACUUGCUCAAAAAUAAGGGAAUACAAAAAAUGGAAUGUAUCUACAAAAAGGAAUGAAGUUCUGAUGCAUGCAACAACAUGGUCGAACUCUGAAGACAUCAUGUUGAGUGAAAUAAGCCAGACACAAAAGGACAAAUACUUAUAAGUAAAUUCAUUUUCAGAAGCUAGAUACAGAUUGCCAGGGUUAGGGUAAGAGUAGGGAAUGGGGAAUUAAUGCUUAAUUGGUAGUUUCUGUUUUGAGUUGAUGCAAAAAUUUUGGUAAUUGAUGGUGGUGAUGGUAGCACAACAUUGUGUCUGUAAUUAACAGCACUG